AUGUCGGCCGGCUUGACGAAGUCGCUCCAGCUGGCCGACUACCUGGAGAAGCUGCCCGGUACAACGUUUAGAAAGCUGUACCUGAACCCCUCCACGGCAUUAUGCAUCUCAAGACGCAUGUUGUCGCCACUGGCCAAGACAUUUGUGACAAUGCUCCUAUACCUUCCCGGACCGAUACCAAUAGCAGACCUCGAGGCGCGCGUGAAGCCCGAGUACAAGAGAGCCAAAGAUCAUGCUCUCGCACAACUCCGAAGUCUACACAUGUUACAGAUGUCUGUUCCAACACAAGGCGCUCCGCAAAUGAUACAGCUCACGGCCAACUUUUCGAAGUCCUACCGCGAGGCCCUCGAAGGCAACGGAGCACCAGGCUCCUUCGGCGUGAUCUCUCCGCACCCGCGCUCACCCGAAAUCACGAUUGAGUCGAUCGAGAAACACGCACGCCAGAAAUGGGACGCCAUUUUACACUACAUUGUCAACAGCGUGACGCCCGGCUUCGUCGACAGCGGCGGUCCUAAGAACUCCGUCAAGGAGCUUCUCCUCGCGGGCCAGCUCGUCAAGCGCCAAGGCGGCAGCACCACAAUCACGCAGGCUGGCUUCACAUUUUUGCUGCAAGAAGAAAACGCGCAGGUCUGGACGCUGCUGUUGUUGUGGCUCGACGCGACCGACCAGCAAACGGCCAAGCAUACGGAUAUGCUCUCUUUCCUGUUCCAGCUCUCGAUCCUUGAGCUCGACGAGGUCUACGACACCGAAGCCCUCAGCAAAGAGCGCCAAGACAUGCUUCCGAGCCUCAUGGACUUUGGCCUAGUCUACAUACCCUCCCACAAACCCUUCCAGUACUUUGUCACGCCCCAAGCACGCGCCCUCACUAACGUAUCGACGGCGACGCGCACCCUGACCGAUGGUAUGAACGCCCUGUCUCAAUCCCAGGGCGGACCAGGCGACCAGACGAACGGCAUCAUCGUCGAGACCAAUUACCGAGUCUACGCGUACACAACGUCGCAGCUGCAGAUCGCCGUUCUCUCCCUCUUCUGCCACCUCUCCGUCAAGUUCCCAGGCAUGGUCUCGGGUCGUCUGACUCGCCAGUCCGUCCGCCAGGCCAUCGACUUUGGCAUCACAGCCGACCAGAUCAUCUCCUACCUCGCCGCCCACGCCCACGAGCAGAUGCACAGGCAGGCCGCCGCCGACGGCAAGCCCGUCCUCCCGCCCACCGUCGUCGACCAGAUCCGCCUCUGGCAACUCGAGAACGAGCGCAUGAAGACGACGUCUGGCUUCCUCUUCCGCGACUUUGACGACGAUGCCGAGUACAGGGAUAUCGCGCGGUUCGCCGACGAGAUUGGCGUGCUGGCGUGGCGGAACGAUCGGAAGCGCAUGUUCUUCGCGAGCAAGCAUGAGCAGAUCCGCGAUUAUCUCAAGCUGCGGAAGAAGGCGUAG